AUGAUUAAACAACCUUCAAUUCGUAAAGCAGCAUUUAAUAUAGAAUAUUUAAUAUCAUCUCCCAAUGAUAAUGAUAGAUCAACACAUUCUUUCGAUAAUGAUUUAACAUCAAUAAGAACACAAUCAAUAUUAUCAUCGUAUCCAUCAUUACCAUUUGUUCAUCCGUUAACAAAUAUUUUAUGUUCAAUUAAUCCGUAUGUUGGAAUUUUAACAAAUAGUUAUAAUUCAUCUACUACUAAUUAUACAAAUAUUGAAGAAUUAAAUAAUAAAAUUACACAUCAUAAAACAAAAUAUCAAAAAUAUUCACAUAAAUAUUCUCAUAAACGACAAUAUCAUCAAAAAUUUGGGAAUAGAUCAAUAUCAACAGAGGAACAAAAUUCACUUAUUAAUAGGGCACAUGAAUCAACGUUUGAUUCACUAACCACAUCGAUUAAUGAUAAAUUAAUACCAUUUGAAUUUAAACGUAUGCGUACUGCGUUUACAUCAACACAAUUGCUCGAAUUAGAGCGUGAAUUUUCAACAUCAAUGUAUUUAUCACGUUUACGACGCAUUGAAAUUGCCUCAUAUUUAAAUUUAACUGAAAAACAAGUGAAAAUAUGGUUUCAAAAUAGACGUGUCAAAUACAAGAAAGAAGGUGUAAAUGAUCAACAAUCAUCAGUGGCAACAUCACUACGGACAUUACCAAAAGAGGCACCAAAAAAAUAUCUGAGAACAUGUCAAAAUAAUCGAAUAUCAAUAAACCAAAAAAAAUAUUUGCUUAAUCAUAAGAAACAAGAAUUAUAA